AGUCAUUAAGCACCCCGCCAUUCACCGAGCCUCACCGACCGCCCACCGAGGUGAGAAAUUUCCCGUGCAUGCUGCAAUUGAGUCAUCGGCCGGAAAUUUGGCCUGACCCAACGUCGUCCAAGCCCACACCACCAAAAACCCACAUAUCGGUCUGCCUCAACGCACCACCUCCCAGAUAUUGGUGAUGUCGCACAAAGGGAACAGCAAGGGCAAGAAGUCCGCCAAGGCGGGCGCCGAGAGCAAGAGCGAGGAUGUUCUGCAGGCGGUUGUCCUCGCAGACUCAUUCCAAGACAGAUACAGACCUUUUACGAUAGAGAAGCCAAGAUGUCUACUGCCCCUCGCCAACACUCCUCUCAUCGAGUACACUCUCGAGUUCUUGGCCAUGAAUGGUGUUAACGAAGUGUUCAUCUACUGUGGUGCCCAUACCGAUCAAGUCGAAGAUUACAUUAGCCGCUCACGGUGGUCAACCGCAUCGCGAACAUGCCCAUUCUCCGUCCUUCAAUUCGUCCGAGUUUCCGACGCACGAUCAGUCGGUGAUGUUCUUCGCGACAUGGACAAGCGAUCAUUGGUCAAUGGUGACUUUAUCCUGGUCAACGGUGAUCUUGUCUCCAACAUUAUGCUCGACGGCGCUCUGGCGGCGCACCGCAAGCGACGAGAGACGAGCGCGGCCAACAUCAUGACAAUGGUUCUGCGAAGCGGAGGACAGGAGGAGCACCGAACAAAGACAAACGGAAUCACUCCCAUCUUCGUGGUGGACACCAAGACCCAGCGAUGCCUACACUACGACGAGAUGAGCCCCCUUAACAGCGACCGAUACAUGUCAUUGGACCCCGCAGUAGUAGACGAGCUGUCGACCGAGUUCGAGAUCCGAUCCGACCUGAUCGACGCGCAGAUCGACAUCUGCACCCCUGAGGUCCUAGCGCUGUGGUCGGAAAGCUUCGACUACGAGCUACCGCGAAAGAACUUCUUGCACGGUGUGCUUAAGGAUUGGGAGCUCAAUGGCAAGAUGAUUUACGCAGAGAUCUUUGACGAAGGAUACGCUGCCCGGGCCAGCAACCUGCAGAUGUAUGAUGCCAUCAGCCACGACGUCCUGAGUCGAUGGACGUACCCCUUCAUCCCCGAGUGCAACGUUGUGCCGAAGCAGACUUACCAGCGCAAUAUCAACGGUCUCGUGGCAGAAAACGGUGUGUUUCACGCCAACGACGCCAAGAUCUCGAAUUGCAUCAUUGGACGCGACAGCACUAUCGGAUCCGGAAGCAAGGUCUCCAACAGCAUCAUCGGGAGGGACUGCAAGAUCGGAGCCAACGUCGUUUUGGAAGACUGCUUCAUCUGGAACGAUGCUACGAUCGAGGAUGGCACGAGGAUAUCUCGAUCAAUUGUCGGCGACUCUUCCACCAUCGGCAAGAACAGCACCAUCCCCACUGGCACACUCAUCUCGUUCGGCGUCCAGAUUAGCGAAGGCACCUCGCUUUCUAAGAGCGCCAUUCUCUCCCCGGUCACCGCCGAUGGUAGCCCCGUAACCCCCGAUACCAACCUGCUCGGCGCCGCCACCAACGCCGCGCCCUUCGCCGACCCAGAUGAGGAGGACUUUGACGACGAAGACCCGGCCAUCCUUCAGAAGUCUCUGAUCUACUCAGUCGCCGGGUUCAACAUCUCCACAUCGUCCGUCUCAACUCUCUCGUCAGAAGUGUCUGAGGAUGACUUCGACCAAGUCGCCCACUCCGUCGACGCCGACGCCUCCACCCGCUCCCGCCUUUCCUCCUUCGCGUCCGACGAGGCCGGCGAGAAACUCUCCUUCCACAACGACGCCGUCCACGGUCUGCUCGAUGCCCUCCGCGCGGACUCAGGCGACUUCGACUCGGCCAAGCUCGAGUUCAUGGGUCUGCGCCUCGCCAAUGACGCUUCCGAUUCCAUGAUGCGCCGUGCCGUUGCCGUUGCCUUCGCCCGUCGCGCCGCCGAGCUGCUCACCUCGGAGUACGGGCCGCUCGAGCCUAGCAAGGCCGCCGAGAAGGCCCUCACAGCCAGCAAGGGCGCUACUAAGUUUGUCGACGAGGUUGGCGUUGGCGGUGGCGAGCGCGAGCAGGUCGAUUUCAUUCUUGCUUUGCAAAAGGGCCUGCUGCAUGCCAAAGGCCCCGAGCAGUCGCGCGUUGGUAUUUUGCUCGCCGCUCUCCUGCAGCAGCUCUACGCUCUCGACAUCCUUGAGGAGGAGGGCAUCCUGGGCUGGUGGGGGGAUGAGCGCGCCGCCGAUGGAGACGGCAUGGUUGUUCUCAAGGACAAGUGCCGCGUGCUAGUUGAGUGGCUAGAGAACGCCGAGGAGGAAGAUGACGAGGACAGCGAUGAUGAAUAGAUACGUCAAAUGCCCCAAAAGCUUUCCGUCUGUAUUGGUAGAUAGAGACAGGGUCAGAAAAAAAAGGAAGCCCACGACGAAACAACCAC